AUGGCACACCGAAUUGGUGUCUUCGGAUCCGCCGCUAGAAGCCGGGCACCUCUCCGCGCUUUCGCGGCAUCACGGCGCUUCUCGACGCAGACUGCGCGGUGGCAAGAGGUUCGGGAUGCAUAUAUUUUGAGCGCAUCGCGAACCCCUACGGGGAAGUUCAAUGGCGCUUUUCUUACGGUGCCUGCGCCGCAACUUGCUGCCGUGGCUAUUAAAUCGGCACUUGAAAAGUCCAAGGUCCCGGUCGAGAAGAUCACGGAUGUCUACAUAGGCAACGUCUUGCAGGCCUCUGUGGGUCAAGCUCCGGCUAGGCAAGCCGUCAUCUUCGCCAAUCUUCCCAAGUCCGUGGAAGCAGUGACCGUCAACAAGGUUUGCGCCUCGGGAUUGAAGGCGGUGGUUUUGGCGGCCCAGAACAUCCAGCUUGGCCUGAGUGAGGCUCAGAUAGCCGGCGGGAUGGAGAACAUGUCGCAGGUUCCGUACUACGUCCCUCGUGCGAGCAGCCUACCGCCGUUUGGGCACGUCAAGCUGGAGGACGGCCUCAUCAAGGACGGAUUGACGGACGUGUACGGCCAGUUCCACAUGGGAAUCUGCGCCGAAACCACUGCCAAGAAUCACGGUAUCUCCCGGGAAGCCCAAGACCAAUACGCUAUCCAAUCCUACGAGCGAGCGCAAGCAGCCUGGAAGAGCAACGCUUUUAAGGACGAAAUCGCUCCGGUUACUGUCAAAGGCAGGAAGGGGGAGGUGGUGGUCGACACCGACGAGGGCUACCUGGAUGUCAAGCCUGAAAAAAUUCCGACGCUAAAGCCGGCUUUCCUCCGCGACGGCACGGGCACAGUCACCGCGGCAAAUUCGUCCACGCUCAACGACGGUGCCAGUGCACUCGUGCUCGGAAGCAAGGACAUUGCUCGGCAGUUCGGAAGGGGGUCGCGGGUGCUGGCAAGGAUAUGCAGUUCCGCCGACGCAGCAAUCGACCCGGUGGACUUCCCUGUUGCCCCAGCCAAGGCAGUGCCUAUAGCUUUGGAGCGUGCAGGCAUUACCAAGGACCAAGUGGCGGUUUGGGAGUUCAACGAGGCCUUCGCUGCGGUCAUCAAGGCCAACGAGAAGAUCCUCGGUCUCGAGAAUGCGAGAGUCAACCCGCUGGGCGGUGCGAUAUCUCUAGGCCACGCGCUAGGAAGCUCUGGAUCCCGAAUCCUCACCACGUUAUUACACCAGCUCAAGCCGGGAGAGUACGGCCCAGGAGAUCCCACAAUGGCCUUAAUAAUCAAAUUCCUCACCAGUAUCCGCGGAUUUCUCAAGGCUCUCGACGGCCAGUCCCUGUGCGAUUGGCUCAAGGUCGAGCCUCCGGUGCCCCAAGAGUACCACAAGCUCGCUAUUGAGCUCAGAGAUGGCUAUCAGAAUGCGAGUGCGAUCGAGAGGCUCGUCGAGUCAUGUCUGCCGGAGGAGGAGGAGCUCCCGGAAGGCCAGGGGACAGCCUGGCCAGGUUUCAACGCCUUCAUGAAGGACUACCUCGAGUACUGGAGGGUCGUGGAUUUCGAAGAUUUCCUCGGCGCACAUCAACUGCUUACUGCGCUGACCAAUUCCUGCACGACGGCGCUUAAUAACCCAACCUAUGGAACGGUCAUGCUGCAGACGAGCAUAUCGCUCUGUUCUUCCCUCUCAAAGCUGUCGAUGACGCUGAACAGGCGGCCCGACCUUACCAAGAACCUAGCUACUCUGCAUACCGGGGAAGAGGACCAAAAGUCCAUCGUCGAGGUGACGGCCGAAGUCAUACAGAAGUUCUUCACCACCUGCCUCACCGACCGGUCGAGCUCGGCCCUCUCCAAACCUACGGGCAAAAAAGUCGGCGUUUACGUCUUCGCCAAUGUGACGCUGAAGCUGUUAUUUACGUGCCGCAGAUCUCAUCUGGCAAAGCAGCUCUUCACGAAUAUGACCGCGAAGUCACCGCCGCUCUCAUACUACCCGGCUUCUCAGCGAGUAACGUAUUUGUACUACCUCGGCCGCUUCCACUUCAUCAACAAUCACUUCUCGCGAGCGGCGCAAUGCCUGCAAGAGGCCUACUUGCAGACGCCGCCAAAUCUCCAGAAGCAUCGCCAGCUCAUCCUCACGUAUCUGAUACCGGCAAACCUGCUCUUGGGCCGCCUACCCUCGCAAGCCCUCCUCCGACGCCCAGAGGCCCAGCCCCUGGCCCCCAUAUUCGAGCAGCUCGCGCAGUCGAUCCGUACCGGCAACUACCUCAUCUUCCACCACGCCAUCGAAUCAAACGAGGCGUGGCUAUUUCGUAAAGGCCUGCUUCUGACCUUGACAUAUCGCUUACGACCGCUGCUCUGGCGCUCUCUUUCGCGUCGCACCUUCCUACUGACUUACAUAGCGCCCACAGAAGCCGAUUCGCGCAAAGCUGCCACGCUAGAGCUGGCACUCCUCCUGACCACGGCCACAUAUAUCCAAAAGCGACUCGAGGGGUACCUCCCUGCGAAGCCGCCGGCGCCUAGGGGUCGCCCGCCGCACAUCAACAGCAUCUUCCUCAAGGCCGUAUCCAACAACGCCGGCAUCGGCCCGGGCCAGGGAGAUUCGACGCUCGUACCACCGCCCGGCGGUCCUAGGCGUCUGCAACCGAAUGAGGGUCUCAUAUGGGGCAACAUGCCGGUGACGCUCGAUCACAUCGAAUCCAUGGUUGCAUCGCUCGUCGCGCAGGGCCUACUCCACGGGUACAUAGCACACUCCCAGGGCCGCUUCGCGAUAAUGGGCACGAAGCAAAAGGGCAGCGCCGUGGCCGCCGGAUGGCCACCCGUGAGCGAGGUGCUGACGGCUAUCACGCCCGACGGUGGCGACCAGGAGGUCCCCGGAUGGGUGAAGGGCUAG